UUUGAAAUGAAGCGGGUCCUGGUCCUCAUCCUUCAUCACCACCAUUUCAAGUACUCUUUCAUAUUUCUCAUUCUUCAAAUCUAAGAACCAUUAAAAAUGAUUCCCAGUAGCUCCACCCGCAUUAAUUCCAAAAUGCAGAAGGAAACAACAACAACAACAACUACUGCUUCACGAAAUCGAAGAAACCCUCAAAUCGAAACAAGCGAAAACGAAUUCGAAUCUCAAAACCCAAUCAACUUUCCACCACCUCGAACACCGUUAAAUUCCAUACCCGAUCCAUCUCAGUAUCAUGAACCUGAACUUCUUCGACACGCUCGUUCUUCCUCCGAUCGGUUCGUGAACACUCCUUCCAUUCGGAUUCCAAAACCUCAUUCCGAACCUAACUCUGCUCAGAGCACACCAGCUAGAAAUUCUUCACGAGUUUCACUCGGUGGUGGAGGAGGAAGCAGUAGAGUGAGCUUAGGAAAAGGAUUUCUGAAAGGAACUGACAUAAUUUCAACGGAAGUUCAGCAUUUUGAACUUAAACAUGAUCCUUCGUUUUGGAUGGAUCAUAAUGUACAGGUGUUGAUAAGGAUACGACCAUUGAGUACUAUGGAGAAGCUUUCACAAGGAAAUGGAAGGUGUUUGAAACAGGAAAGUGCACAAACUAUGGUUUGGCUUGGUCAUCCUGAAACAAGAUUUACAUUUGAUCAUAUAGCCUGUGAAACCUUAUCACAGGAAAAUCUUUUCAGAGUUGCCGGAGUGCCCAUGGUGGAGAAUUGUUUGUCUGGUUACAACAGUUGUAUGUUUGCUUAUGGUCAGACGGGUAGCGGAAAAACAUAUACCAUGAUGGGUGAGAUCAAAGAAACACAAGGGUGUUUGGAUGAAGAUAGUGGGAUCACACCAAGAGUUUUUGACUAUUUAUUUAUGAGGAUUAAAGAGGAAGAAGAAAACAUGAAAGAUUGUAGAUUGAAAUACACUUGCAAAUGUUCCUUUUUGGAGAUAUACAAUGAGCAAAUAACUGAUCUUCUAGAACCUUCAUCAACAAAUCUCCAACUCAGAGAGGAUAUGAAGAAGGGGGUAUAUGUUGACAACCUUACAGAACAUAGUGUGGUCACAGUCAAUGAUGUUCUGAGGCUUUUAGAACAGGGCACUGCAAAUAGAAAGGUGGCUGCAACUCAUAUGAACUGUGAGAGCAGUCGAUCUCACAGUGUUUUCACUUGCAUUAUUGAAAGCCGAUGGGAGAAAGAUUCUACGACUCAUUUUAGGUUUGCAAGGUUAAAUUUGGUAGAUCUGGCUGGUUCUGAAAGGCAGAAAAGCUCUGGAGCCGACAGUGAACGCCUGAAAGAAGCUGCAAAUAUAAAUAAAUCAUUAUCAACUCUCGGCUUGGUCAUAAUGACAUUGGUCGACUUAGCCCACGGGAAGCCUAGGCAUGUUCCCUACAGAGAUUCAAGGCUUACAUUUCUUCUUCAGGAUUCUCUAGGUGGAAACUCAAAAACAAUGAUUAUUGCAAAUGUUAGCCCAUCCAUUUGCUCUGCUAACGAAACACUAAGCACUCUGAAGUUUGCCCAGCGAGCCAAGCUCAUUCAAAACAAUGCAAAAGUGAAUGAAGAUGCUUCUGGUGACAUAAGUGCACUGCAGUGGCAAAUCCAACAAUUGAAGGGUCAACUAUCCUUUCUGACAAAGAAUAAUUUUUUUCCACCACUGGUGUCAACUUUGGAGCCAAAUUCUGAUAGCUGUAGGUUGAGCGAAGUGUCAGAAGAACAUGACUCUAUGGGAGAAAGAGCCACAACAGAUCACAAACUGCUUACUCCAAACAAAGAGGUACGUCAUAUAUCAACAAUGAUCAAACGCAUGAAAGCUGCUUUGGUUGGAGCCUUGAGGAGAGAAAAAAUGGCCGAGACUACAAUCCAGGAUUUAAAUGUUGAAAUUGAUCACACGAAAUGCUUGGUUCGACAAAAGGAAGAAGAUGCUCAACAUACAUCAAUUAUGUUGAGGCACUGUGAGGAGAAAAUUAAACAACUUGAAUUGUUGGUAGAUGGUCAACUGUCAGCUGAGAAGUAUCUCAUGGAGGAAAAUAGGGCUUUAAAAGAGGAGAUUCAGUUGCAUAAAAUGAAGAGUGAUAAUAAUUCAGAAUCAUCCAGACUUGUUUUGGAAAAUGAUAGACUUUUGCAACAACUACAAAAAUUCCAAAACUUCUAUGAGCAUGGAGAGCGGGAAAGAUUGUUGACCGAGCUUUCUGAAUUGCGCCAUCAGCUCCUGGUCCAUCUCCAAGAAAAAGUUACUUUCUCCGUGAAAAAUGAAAAUCAGGAAAUUGAUGCCACACAGGAAUUAGAAGUUUGCCAGAAAAUGAAUUCUAAAUUGCUUAGAGAAGUCGGCAAAUUACAGGCAGAACUUCGAAAGUAUUUGAACAACAAUCAAGUGCAGUCUAAUUCUGUUUCGCGUUCUUCAUUUGAGCAUCCUGAUGAACUUCUGACCACCGAUAAAUGUUCCUUGGCCGAGACAAUAUCUGUGGGAAGUGAUUCUGGAGAUGAGAUGCCAUCCUCUACAUGGGAAUAUAAAAACAACACAGGGCGCGAAGCCAAAUUGGAAAGAAUGAGCAAGGAUCUUAAAGAAGUGAGGUUACUUAAUGACCAAUAUCAGGAGAAAUGGGCAUUACAGUUAUCUCAAAAACAGCAGAUGGAAAGUGUCUGUCAAGAAGUUGAGACGGAAACAACCAACACGAUUCUUCAUUUGCAGGAAGAGGUUGCCAGUAUUCAAUCAGAGUUGGAAGGGAAGCUGUACUCGAUUGAUCAAGAAAAUACAAAGCUAAGAAAUGUAGUUGCAGCAAAAGAAGAGGAAAUGAAGUCACUUUGUUUGGACUGGGAAAAGGCAAUCUUGGAACUGACAACCUUCCUUCUUGAAGGCUCUAGAUCUCUCAGAGAUGCCUGUGGCCAAGUACAAAACAUCUCUUCUUCAUUUCCGAAGGUCAAUGCUUGGAUUGGCGAACAUGUUAGCAUGGCUGUUAAAAAGUAUAUCGAGAAGGAGGAAACAAUUCAUCAACUACAGAGUAGCUUGGAGGAUGCACGAAAGAUGGCAUUGGAAAUGGAGUUGAAAAUAAGUUCCUUGAAGGAAGCAACUCUAACCUUAAGUGCAUUUGAACAUUUAGACAAUGAAAAUGGCAUUGAAGAGGCAUUUCAAUUAAGAGUUCUGCUAAAUGAGAAGGCCAAUAUAAUAAUGACCCUGGAAAAUGAACUAAAAUAUAAAAACGAUCAACUUUGUAAAACAGUUAAACAAGCCGACGCUGCAUUCCUUGUAGCAAAAUGGCUUUCUGAUUGUUUUGAUGCCGCUCACAUGAAUAUUGAUGCUGAAGACAUUUCCAUCCCUAAUCUAGAUAUGCAAGGCAGAUUGGGAAGUUUUACUACUUCUGAGAAUCAAGAUGUUGGAUAUAAUUCAAUACUAAAUGAUCUUAUGGGUCAAGUUGAGUUAAUAAAAUUAGAAGUGUUGGAGAUGGAGAAUGCUGUAAAAACCAGUUUUGUAGAUACAGAAAUGCAGACAGCAGGUUUCCAAACUGGUGCCCUGGGUCUUUUUUCAACUUAUAGGGAUUUGAUUCAAGACAUAGUCAAAGAAACAAAGGAUAUGAGGAAAGAAAUAAGGGAUUUAAAGAUGCAUCAUAUUAGUUCUGACGGUUAUAAAGUUGACUCCUUGACAUUAAAUGCAGACAACUGCCAAGUGUUUGCAAACCAACAUCACACCCUGCAUCAGAUUAAAGAGCAACUUGUUGUAAUGAAUAAAAGAUUGAACAUCAUAGAGAACUGUAUUAGCAAAGACGUAGAUGUGUCAAGAUUUCAAUUGGCAGAUGAAGAUUUCAUUGAUGCUGAUGAAUUGAGCACUGAUAGUUCUUCAGUCUCUGAUUUAUCAACUGAAACUGAGAGUGUUGCUUCUGGUAGCCAGUCACUUGGACUCGCAACUGGAGAAAUAACUGAAAAACAGGUGCAUCUAAAUUCUGAAAGAGGCGUUAUAAUUCAAUCAAACGAUGCUUCCAGUUCAUCACAUUCAGCAGAGUUCAUGAGAAGGCCAAUCUACAAUGAAGCAGCAAGGUUCUGCCUGAGGAGAGAAUUAAAUGACACAUAUGAUGGUUUCCAAAGACUCUAUAAUUGUUUGUCUUCACUUCUCACAAAUCUGGAUGGUGGAUCAUGUUCUUACCCGAAAGAACUGGAAAAGGUGGCUCCAUCUUCAUGGUUGAUGAUGCAGAAAGAUGAAGCUGGCUAUGAGAGCGACACAGAGGUGUUUGACUAUAGGGAUAUUAAGCCUGAUGAGCGCUUCUUAACCAAGUUUAUGGAAGCUCAUGCAGCAGUGAAGGAAGCAGAUCUUACACUACAUGCUUUGACAAAGGCAUUUGAAGAUUCAAAACAAUUAACUGCUCUGUGGAAGCAGGCUGGUGAAAACUUGACAAUCGAGAGAGCAAGCAUGGCAGAAGAGAUUCAAAAGCUUAAAUAUUCACUACACCAUACAGAGGAAGAGAAUCAAUUACUGAAGGACCACAUCAAUUUCAGUUUGAUAGAGAUGACAAAUACAAUUUCCAUGCUAGAAGAGUGUUUUUUACAAAUGAAAACCGAUGUGGAGAAGAAAUUCAAGGUAAUAUAUUCUGAUGUUUUUCUGAUGGGGGAGGAGAUACUACACUUUAUGAACAGCUUCAGGUCAUCAGUAGAAGAUAUUUGCUCUCAGACUGUGGAUGUUGGUUUUGAAUCUUUUGCUCUGUACAGUUGCUGUUUAACAGAGCUUGUCAGUCAAUUUGCUAAUUAUAGUGUAGACCAUAACUUGCAAUCAGCCAGGCAAAGGGAAUUGCAUAAUUUGCCAAAAACUUGCUCAAGUAUUGCAGAACCUGUCCCUAGUAUAGUUAAUGAAGGUAUAGGGACAAUAGAUCACCGACAUCUGUUAAUCCAAAACGUGCAAGAGGAACCAGAUCUUCCCAAUGUUAGAGUAUUUUAUGAAAACAUGGCUCUUAAAAAGGAGUUAGAGAGGAAACAAGAGUUAUUAGAGGGUUUACUUUUUGACUUCAGACUGUUGCAGGAAUCAACUUCUAACAGUAAGGAAAUUAAGGAUCAGAUUGAGAAGUUGAUAUUUUCUCUAAGCCAAGCUCGGUAUGAGCUAGAGAUUAAAUCAAGUCAGCUUGACGAUCUAUUGGUUCAAAACAAAAAACUUGAAGCUUCUCUUGCUGACACUGAAAAGGCCUUGACUAGAUCAAAUUAUGAGCUUGAGCUUGCUAAAGAAUCAAUUGAAAAAUUCGUCGAUCAAAAUGAGGAGUUAAGGGAUAUUUUAAAAGAAUUAUAUGCCAACAAAACUGAAGCUGAAGAGCAAUUGGAUGAGCAUAAAGAGGUGAUUAAAGGCUUGGAAAAAGAAAUUGCUAAUUUGACAGCUUCGUUGGAAAACCAAUCACUUUCCUUGUUUCAAAACAUUGAGGAUGAACUAAAUCAGGUGAUUAUGGAGAGAGACCAACUUCAUGAAGAAAUUCAUAUCUUGAAUAAGAAGCUUGAGAUGACUCAUUCCUUGGUUGAUGAAAAGGAAGCUAUUGCCAUGGAAGCUCGUCAGGAGUCAGAGUCUAGUAAGCUCUUUGCUGAGCAAAAGGAAGAGGAGGUCAAGAUUUUGGAACAUUCUGUUGAGGAACUUGAAUCUACCAUUAAUGUUUUAGAGAAAAAGGUGUAUGAAAUGGAUGAGGAGGUAGAAAGACAUCGUUCAAUUAGUGAUUCACUAAAAGUGGAACUCCAAGCAUUGAAAGAGAGGAUACUGUUAGUUGAGAAUUUACCCCAAAACUCAGAUUCAGAAAGCAUGAGUGUUCAAACUGGAGACAAGAAAUCUAGGCAACUACCCAGCAAAGUACUGGAACUUCAUGAGGCACAAAUACAGAUAAAGCUUCUUGAAAAUGAAAAUGCAGAGAAAGAUCAGGAGAUUAAAAAGUGCAAAGAAUACAUCUCUGAAAUUGUACUGCAUGCUGAAGCCCAAACAUUGCAGUACCAGCAAAAGUACAAGUGCCUGGAGUCAAUGUUCUGUGAAGUGAAAACAGAUAUGUCAUAUUCAACAUCCAUGGCACCAACAUUAGAGAAAAUGGAGAAAAUGUCAACAAGGACUAGAGGUUCCGGCUCACCAUUCAGAUGUAUUUCAAAUCUGGUUCAGCAGAUGAAUCAGGAGAAAGAUCAAGAAUUGUCAGUGGCAAGGCUCCGUGUGCAAGAACUAGAAGCACUUGCAGCUAGCCGGCAAAAGGAGGUUUGCAUGCUACAAACAAGGCUGGCUGCUACUGAAAGCAUGACUCAUGAUGUGAUUCGGGACCUUCUUGGUGUCAAAUUGGACAUUACCAACUAUGCGAAUUUGAUAGACCAAAACCAAAUCGUGAAAUUAGUGGAGGAAGCUCAUCAUCAGAGAGAAAAGUUCUUUGCAAAGGAAAAAGAGAAUCUUGACCUUAGACAACAUAUUAAUGAUCUCAUUGAAGAAAGAGAGAGCUGCAUAUCAAACCUGAGAACUAAAGAGGCAGAUAUGCUUGCUACUCAGAUUGCAGUUCAACUACUCCAAGAGCGAGAUCAGUUGCUUUCUGCACAAAAUGGAAUGCUGAAGAUGGACAAGACCAAUCUGAUUAGGAAGAUUGCAGAAUUGGAUGACAUGGUUAAAACACUAGUUGGGACACGAAAUUCUCAACAUGUCCCACAAUCAUCAAAGACUAAGGAUAAGGGAGCUCAAAAUUUGGGUAACGUCAGAUUUACCAAGAGGUUGUCACAGUCUGAAAGACUUCUUGCUCGUGUGAACGAAGAGCUUACUCAGUACCGCAAAUCUUCUGGUGAUAGUUUGCACGGCUAAACAACCACUUUUUUUGCAGCUGAGCCAACAUUUUUUAAUGUAAAAUGUACAGACAUCCUCCAUCUGUAUAAUUGAUUGAUCAUUGUAACACCUUUGGCAAGUUCAAAAAUAUAAAAACAAAUACUAUGUCUCAUCACGUAAAAUCUAGUGUGGUGUUUUGCCUUUCAUUCAUUGGUUGGGUUGUUGUAAUUUUGAUCUCAUUGGCGUUGAUACAUUUUGUCUAUUCAUGGCACUUCUAGUGCAGUGAGCAGUGUACAUAUACUGUUUUUUUUAGGUGUACUCCAUUAGAAUAAUAACAUUUAUUAAACAAAUACUAUGUCUCAUCACGUAAAAUCUAGUGUGGUGUUUUGCCUUUCAUUCAUUGGUUGGGUUGUUGUAAUUUUGAUCUCAUUGGCGUUGAUACAUUUUGUCUAUUCAUGGCA